AGGACUCCUAGGGGUUUCCCCGGUUGCUUUGCAAAGGCCUGGCGGGGACGGGGUGAAUGUCUGCGUAGAAAGUAAUCAAACGACUUUAAUUCCAGUAAAAAGAGGGCCGAAGAGAAGGGAAGGAGGACAUCAACUCUUUUCGGGAGACUUUCUGUCUUGAUUUACGCUGCUGGAGCCAGCGUUUUUUCCGAACACGCCCUGCAGAAUUACCGGUGUGAACGCGAGGACUGGAGUCCGUGUUCGGCUGGGUGUGUGGUGGGUAGUGAAGGUUUGCUCGUCACAGCUGGCAUCUUCCCUAAGCGGAGCGGCUUUCCGGGAACAUGAUUUGUACUUUCCUACGAGCUGUACGGUGUACGGAGAAGCUGCACAGGUCCUCGGGGAAGCGGUUGUUUCUGGCACACUUUGUACUUAACAAAGCUUGCUUGAAGACUGAGCCCAAUUGGAGAUGGGGGCCGCAAGAGCAGAAGAGAACGGUGCGACCUAGGUGUAUUUUGGGAGUCACCCAGAAAACCAUCUGGACGCAAGGACAGAGCCCGCAGAGAGCGAAGGAGGACGGCAGCAAACAAGUGUCUGCGCACAGAAGUCAGAGCGGGGAAACCGCCAUCUCAACGUCACAGAAAGUGAAAGAAGCUGGAAGAGAUUUUACCUAUUUAAUAGUGGUGCUUAUUGGAAUCACCAUUACAGGUGGCUUGUUUUACACGAUCUUCAGAGAACUUUUUUCUUCAUCCAGUCCUAAUAAGAUAUAUGGGAAAGCCCUAGAAAAAUGCAGAUUACAUCCCGAGGUCCUAAGUGUCUUCGGCGAGCCCGUUAAAGGCUACGGGGAGAUGACGAGACGUGGCAGAAGGCAGCAUGUCAGUUUUAUUGAAUACGUAAAAGAUGGGCUGAAACACAUGCGUGUGAAAUUCUACAUCCAGGGCUCCGAGCCCGGGAAGCAAGGAACCGUGCAUCUUGAAGUUAAAGAGAACCCGGAAAGUGGCGAAUAUGAAUUUCAAUAUAUAUUUGUAGAACUUGAACCGUAUUCUAGAAGAACUAUUGUCAUUGAAGAUAAUCGAUCUUAAGACAAUUAAAAGAACAAGCAACCACGUGUUUCCUGGCGGACAUGGGAAAAUGCACAUGAAGGCUCUGAUCUUCACAGCCCUCUUCCAGAGUCUAUUUUGAAUAAAAUAGGAAGGAGUGUAGCUCAUAAAAGUGAAGGCAACUGGGUAGUUGUUGCAUUUAGACAAACUGAAUUAGAGAUUUUCUUGUACGGUGAAAAAUCAUGAAAUAGAGCACACCUUAUGUUAAAUCAUUGAAUUGCUGAUCAUGAGCAGUGUUUCUGCUGUACUUAACAUCAUCUUUUAUGAUAAGAAACUUUUGUUAUUAAAAAUUUUACACCAUGUAAAUAAGAAAAUAGAGGUAUUUAAUGCUUUUUCAUGUUGUAUAACUGUAAAAAGUCUGUGAAAUAAAAUUGAAACUAACAGGAAGAUGUCAGAAGCAGCUUCCUUCCACGUA